CUCUUCUCACUGCUCUGCGCCGGCGCCUGGUGGAAGGGGAAGGGGCCGUCGGGCCAGGCAGGGGCUGCAAUUGAGGGUUCCCCGCCCCCGCACGCACCGAGGAAACAUUACACCAAGGACGGGCUUCACCAGACUGCCAAAGGAUCCAUGACACAAAACAAGUUUAAGAACUGACAGAGGAGAUGAGGAAACUGAGGCCCAGGGAGGUUAAGCUACCUGCCUUGGGUCAUAGAGGUGAUGUAUGCUAUGACUAGUCUCAGAUUGCCCAUCUGUGCUUUAAGAAAGCCAAGUUCCUGGAUUGGACUCUGGGGGACAUCUUUUGCACAUAAACCCUGUACCUCUUGGAGUCAGUACAUAAACUCUUCUAGUUAUCAGUUAAACAUAUCAAACUAUAGAACACUUUUCUUCCACAGUAUUUCCUCUCUGAAACUCCCAGAGCUUUUAAUAUCUCCAGAAUGCAUUUCACUGUUUUCCAUAAGACUCAAAAGCAGCACAAGGUCUAAAAAGACCGGCAAAAAGGCUUUGCAGAAAGCAGAUGAUGACGAUGACUCUGAUGAAGAUCAAGAAGAGAUGAGUGAGCAAGAAGAUGAAUAUGAAGAUGACCCCAAUGUGGUAAAAGACUAUAAGGAUUUGGAGAAAGUCGUCCCCUCUUUUCGGUAUGAUGUUGUCUUGAAAACAGGCCUGGAUAUUGCAAGAAACAAAGUAGAAGAUGCAUUCUACAAAGGUGAACUCAGAUUGAAUGGAGAAAAAUUAUGGAAGAAAAGCAGAACGGUAAAACUGGGCGAUACGCUGGAUCUUAUCACUGGAGAGGAUAAAGAAUCAGAAACAGAGACGGCUAUGCGAAUUGUCCUGAGAAAAGUGUCAGAAGAGAAGACAGAAUCUGAAAAAUACCGAGUGGUAUUACGCCGAUGGAAACGAAUCAUAUUGCCCAAGAAGGGCACGUCUAAGUAGCCAUGUUCCUACAGUACCAUGUGUGAAUCCAGGAACUCAAGUGGUUUUCUUCUAGUGGGGAAGUAGGGGACAAAGGGGGCCUUUCUGAACAAAGGACAUUUUUACCCAAAUAAAAUCUCAUCAGUUCCGGAAUCUGUUAGACCAUUUUAUGAAAAUGGGGAUAAGCACAUCUCUGUUCAUUCUUAGUGCUAGGCUUCAGCAAGUUUCUCUUGUUGACUUGGUUUGCGCUUGAUUUGACUUUUUUUCCUGGGCGUGGGAAUGAAUAAUUUAGUUUCCAGGUCAUUUCACUCAGUGUAAGAUGUGCAGUGAAUGAAUUAAGUCCAGAGAGCUUUUUUAAUGAUUUGCCUGUUUUCCCAAUUUAACUACCUCAUGACUACGUCGUAAAAUAAAACUGGACUUGUUGUUUGUUAA